GUGGAGGCUUCGGUAGGUCGUCAGAAUGUUUGUUCUUCAGCUUAUCUCAUUUGUUCCGCAGACGCGUUCAAUUUGCCCGCUGAUUGUCCCGCCCUCCUCAUCAUUCUCAGUCUCGUCGAUUGGUCGCAGCUGUCUCUCCCUCAAUUGAACGAGCUUCUCCUUGUCUGUUUUGCCUCGAACUUGCCGUAAGCAAAUUGCGAGGAAUUCAUUUGCCCUGUUUGGCGCAGUUCCGGUCUUGUCUGCACAAUGAUGAGGGUGAGGUUUGUGGAUGCGCAGCAGUGGCAUAUAGUCUCUUGGUGCCUCCAUACUGUAGCAAAGCUAGAAAUUCCGUAGAAGUUCAAGGAUAGAGAAGUUCUUUAUCUACAGAGACUUGCGAAAUGUCAUCAUGGUUGCGAGAUCUGCUACCGAAGAAAGAACAAAUGGCAGAAUCAGAAACGCAAAUUGUAGUGAAGCGGAAAAACCUAUUGUCAUUAUUCAGAGAAGACGACGAAGCCGAUGCUGAGUCUCGAGGCAUUGCAAGGGAGUUAGAAGACACAUUGAUAAGGAGAGGUGGCACUGCUAAUUCGAAAAGUGCUCCAUCCCUCUUCGAAUCGGAAAACAAACUAGGAUUGGUCCUUCAAGUCUUCCACUUGUGGGCUUGUGGAAGUCAGUCCCCGUCAUCCCAUUCUGACCCAAAAAACACUCGGGAUUUCUCACGAGAUUGCUACCAGGAUGCGGAGUUCUCGACUCUUGUGGUGCGCCAUGGCGAUUGUUUGUCAGAAAUAUCAAGGCUGGUUGGAAUUCCAAUGGAGGUCUUGCAACGUGUUAAUAGCAUAGCGAAUAUCGAGCAUCUGAAGCCUGGUCAGAAUUUGCGCAUUCCAAGGAAGGCGGUAUCAUCGAAACAUAAACGAUUCUGGGACGACAAAACGAAGGGAGAGAAACGGGUCAUUGCGAAUUGGGGGGACACGUUAUGGAGCUUAGCAGAUGAGCAUCAUGUCAGUAUUGACGACAUCCGCCGGUCGAACAACUUGCCUCCGGGAUCGAGUCAUUUGUAUGUAGGCCAGGAACUUGUAAUCCCUUCUCCUGCACAACCGAUUUGUAUGACGCUGUCGCAAGGCCCCCCCUUGCGCUACUUGCUGCGCAAAGAAAAUCUAGCAACUAUUCCAGCUUUGAAACCAAUCGUUCAAAAUAAAAUUGUGGAAUUGAUAUUGCCGAAGUGGGAACCAGAGCCAUUUGGGUUACCCUGCCAUGGUGGCUGGCUUAGCUCCUUCUAUGGCUGGAAAGAUGGGCGCUGGUAUUUUCACAAUGGCAUUGACAUUGCUGUUGAGCGUGGUACGGAGGUAAUUGCAUCAACUAGUGGCAAGGUAACAUGGUCUGGAUGGAAAGGAGGGUACGGGAAAACGGUGUGCAUGGACCAUGGAAAUGGCUACAUUACACUCUACGCACACUGUGACAACGUACAUGUGCAACCAGGUCAGUUUGUACGCAAGGGGCAAGUCAUAGCUCUCUCUGGCAACACGGGCCAUUCCACAGGGCCUCAUCUUCACUUCGAAAUCCACAAAGACGGUAGAACGGUGGACCCAUUAGCUCACCUUCCACCUCUUUAGUGAAGACCCACUUCUCCCUGCAUAGCUGUGGAUUUGCUUACACAAGCAAAUUAUAUCUCAGUGAUACUUGAGGAACACCCGAAUGAUAUUGUUUGCUUAAACGUGAUAUUAAGCAAACAUCAUUUGGUUCAAAUGGCUUUGAAGGACCACAAGAGGUCAGAAAAAGCCACAAGAGUUUCUCACACUUGAUGAACAAAAGAAAUAGGGGUUGUAUGAAGGGUCAAUCAGGUUCAAUUGACCCAAUUAUUGUCACCAUUAGCGGAAUGGUUUCUUGUGUAAAAAUGAGUGUAAUUUUUGUAAACUUUCAAAAAAUAUACGAAGUUAUUCAUCUGAAAUUCA